AUGGCCUCUUCAUUCCUGAUCAAGAACCACACCAUCGAAUCCCAACACAUCCGCGAAUACCCCCACGCCACCGCCCACUCCCAAGAAGAACCCCUCCUCCUCGCCGUGAAACAAUACAUCCCCCUCAACAACCUCACCCCCUCCCCCGGCGACGUCUCCAUCAUCGCCGCCCACGCAAAUGGCUUCCCCAAAGAACUCUACGAGCCCCUCUGGGAAGACCUCCUAUCCCUCCUCAACAGCCGCGGCGUCCAAAUCCGCGGCAUCUGGAUAGCAGACGUAACUCACCAAGGCCAAUCCGGCAUCCUCAACGAAGCCAACCUAGGCAACGACCCCUCGUGGAUAGACCACACCCGCGACCUCCUCCACCUGACCAAUCACUUCCGCCACUCCCUCCCCCGCCCCCUCAUCGGUGUCGGGCACUCCUUCGGCGCAAACAUCAUAGUCAACCUCUCCCUCCUCCACCCCCGCCUCCUCUCCUCCCUCAUCCUUUUGGACCCGGUCCUCUCCAGGUUCCAAUCCAAAGGCCCUAAAUACGGCUUCGCCCCCAUGAAAGCCUCCGCCUUCCGCCGCGACAUCUGGCCCUCCCUCGCCGCCGCCAAAUCAGCCUUCCAAUCCAACCCCUUCUACCGCACUUGGGACCCCCGCGUGUUCAACUCCUGGCUCGAACACGGCCUCCGACCAACCCCCACAAGAAUCUACCCCGACGCCCCUGCUGGCUCAGUCACACUGUUGACAACCAAACACAUGGAGAGUUUCACCUACUACCGCCCCAUCCGUCAGAAGUUGAUGGGAGGGGGUAAACACGAACUUGACUGGGAUCUCAUCCCCGACGCAGACGAAGUCGUGCAUGAAAACCCCGACUUCCCCUUCUACCGCCCCGAAGGCGGCCCAGCAACGGCGAACAAGCUCCCCCACCUCCGGCCGGGCUGCAUCUGGAUUUUCGGCUCAGAGUCAAACGUCAACCCGCCCGACGUCCGGCAGGAGAAGCUCGACCUGACCGGCGUCGGUCCGGGCGGUUCUGGAGGCGCGAAGAACGGAAGGGUGAAAGCUGUUACCAUCGAGGGGUACGGCCACCUUGUCCCAAUGGAGAGGACGACCGAGGUCGCCACCUACGCCGCUGACUUCCUCGUCGAGGACCUCGAGCACUGGAGGAGGGAGCAGGAAGAGUUUAAGCGGUGGGCCAAGAAGAGAGACGAGGAAAAGUGGGUGAUUAGUGAGGAGUUUGAGGGGUGGAUGGGGGGACGGCCGGUAAGGAAGCCCAAGAAGGAAGGGGGAGACAAGUCAAAGUUGUAG